CUCAUUUUAUUAUAACAUAUGAUCAGUAAUACUACGAAAAAGAAAAGAAGUAGAAAAAGAAAGACUGCCGAUUUAAAUUGGAUUAUUAAACAAAAUUCUUCAUUUAAAACAAACUCAUGCUGCGAUAAAGAAGACGAGGAAACUUUAUAUUCUGAAAACACUGACGAGAGUAGUAGUAAUCUUAUAAGGAAAAAGUUUGCAAAGUUAAAAUUUUCGGCAAGAGCAAAUUUAUGUACAGAAAAUAAUGCACGGUGUGCAAAUUGUAGACGACUCAUAAAUGAACCUGAAAGUAAAAUUUUUAAAAAACGUUACAUUAAGCAUGUGAGAUCCAAAAAUUUUAUGGAAGACUACAUGAGCAGUGGAACUCAAAGCAAAUCAUUAUCACCAAUCAUGUUAGAAAAUAAAACUAAGCCAAAUCUUCACAAAAGAAAACGCUUACAUAAUAUUGAUCAAGUAUUACAUAAUGAUAUAAAUGAAAAAAUAAAAAUAAUUUGUCCAGCUAAUGCCAAUAAUAUUGACAAAUCACAAUUAAUUGAAACACAAAUUUCUGAUAUGGAAAUUGAUAGCAGAGAUAUAACUACAAGUUCUAAUGAAAACUCAGUUGAUGAAGAAACAAGUGUAUCAAAUAAUGAAGGCUUAGAAGCGGAUGAUGAACAAAGUGAUUGGGAAUUUGUUAAAUCAUUUGCAAAUCGUAAAUUAGGUUGUAUAUCAGAAAAUCCUCCCCCACAAUUUAUAUGCAUUGACUGUUACAAUUGUGGUUUUUAGUUUCAUUUAGUUUUAAUAAAUGUGUAAUAUAUUUUAAAAA